GUGCUCAAUCCAUCAGUUUGGUGGCAACAGACAGAAGUAGCACAAGUGGAUCUACAAUUGGAAUCUUGGCUGUUGUGGUCUUUAUGCUUGUGCUUCACAUGAUUCCUGCUGUCUUUGUCUUGUUGAUAUGGAUUGGUUGAAGUUUUGGGUUUUACUGCAAGGCCAAAGGUAAAACCUUGGUGUAUUUCUCUUGAUGAUAUUGGAUUGGUGGAGGUUUUGGUUUUUACAGCUAGGUCAAAGGUAAAACCAAUUGGGAUAUUUUGAGAGGUUAUCAGCCUUGGUAAUCUCAGGAGCUGAAGCUUUGAACAGGACCUAUAAAAACUGUUUCUUUUGUCCAAAGCAAAUCCAUCAGGCUUUGUCUCUGGUUGUUCUGGUCUCUCUCGGUUUCCCAGACCAAACCCUAACUCCCCUCUUGCUGCCUCUGUUACCAGAAAGCUCCAUCUUCUUGUUGCCUUGGUCUUCAUUCUCUUCUUCUUGUUCAUCCUCUUCUUUCCUCACUUGGUCAUGCAGCACUUCAGAACCCCUUUUUGCAGUAUUUCUCACCUUUAAAUUACCAAGCAGGCAUAGAUGCUAUUCAAGCACCUCGAAGUGUGACUUCAGAGUCCAUCUUUGCAUGAUUUCUCAGUUAUCAAUCAUCAAGCAGACAUAUUUGGAGUGGUAGUCCAGACUCAGUUUGUUACAGCUGAAGAGAAAGUGUUUCUGGUCAUCUGUUUGAGGCAGAGGAAAUUUAGGACACAGGAAAGCACCUUCCUUUUGUGAGUUGCAUGCUCAGUGGACAGAAUUGGCAAGAUGGUAAAGGAAGAAGAAAGCUGCUGUUCUGUGUGGACCAGAGAGCAAGAGAAGGCAUUUGAGAACGCUUUGGCAACUCACCCAGAGGAUUGCGGUGACCGGUGGGAGAAAAUUGCAGCUGGUGUGCCUGGGAAGUCCAUCGAGGAUAUCAGGCACCACUAUGAACUUUUGGUGGAGGACAUCGAUGACAUCGAAUCUGGCCGAGUUCCAGUACCAUCCUAUCUUCCUGUCGAAGGUGGUGGGGCUAAAAAGGGAGGGAACUCACAUGGUGAUCCCAGUCAUGGUGGAAGAACAUCAAGGUCAGAUCAAGAACGACGAAAGGGAAUAGCAUGGACUGAGGAUGAGCACAGAUUAUUUCUUCUUGGACUUGAUAAAUAUGGGAAAGGAGACUGGAGGAGCAUAUCUCGCAACUUUGUAAUAUCAAGGACGCCCACACAAGUUGCAAGUCAUGCACAGAAAUACUUUAUCCGUUUGAAUUCAAUGAACAAGGAACGGAGAAGGACGAGCAUCCACGAUAUCACCAGCGUCGGAGAUGGAGAUGCAUCAGCCCCUCAAGGCCCAGUCACUGGUUUGGCUAGCGGCAGUGCUACAGUUAAUCGUCCAGAGCUACAGUUCCCAGUGCCCCAGUAAGCCGACGACACCAUCAGAGAAUCUGUUAAUGUACAAAGCACAAGUGAUGUUUAUUGGAUAUAGGUAGAAGUACAUAGAUAUGUUGUUUAUGUAACAUAAUUAGAGCUGAAACUUCUAUGGUUAUAUGCUGCAUCUGUUCAAAGUAAUCAACCACAGAGGAAAAGUAAUAUAUGUAAAUGAUGUGUGUAUGUUUGUUGCUUUAGGGUGACUGAUUCAGUAUGGAGAAGAUAGAAUAUCUACCGAUAAGACA